GUUUUACGUUUUUUUAUUAACGUUUAGUGUUCUCGCGUUAAUUUUAUAUCUUUUACCGUUUGGUUUUAAUGUUUUGAAUUUUACUUCACUGUUUUCACGUUUACUGUUUUAAAGUUAAUUUUCAGUUUAAUUUCAUUUUACUGCAUAAAAACCAAAAACAUUCACAAAACCCCCCACCAUUCGUGUUUAAAAAUCUAAAACUGAACCACAAUAUUGGUCCUUGAGAGACGACCUAGGAGUCACAUCCUAGUAAUUAUACUGCAUAAAUUUUUGUAUCAAAUUUGUAUGACCGCGCGACAGUCGUAUCAAACAUUCAGCCCGGUAGUGAAGCCGGCGACCAUUCGCACAGUGUUGAGCAUUGCUUUAUCAAAGUCAUGGCCCAUUCAUCAGUUGGACGUCAAAAAUGCCUUUUUACAUGGUACUCUCAAUGAAGCAGUUUAUAUGCAUCAACCCAUGGGUUUUAAAGAUUCAUCUCAUCCUGAUUAUGUUUGCUUGUUAAAGAAAUCACUCUAUGGUCUAAAGCAAGCCCCUCGUGCUUGGUACAAGCGUUUUGCAGAUCAUGUGGCCACAAUCGGUUUCAAUCAUAGUAAAUCUGAUCACUCACUUUUCAUAUAUCAUAAGGAAUCUGACAUUGCAUAUAUUCUGUUGUAUGUUGAUGAUAUUAUCCUAAUAGCCUCCUCUGACUCUCUUAGAAAUUCAAUUAUGUCAUUAUUAAGUGCAGAGUUCGCUAUGAAGGACCUUGGUCCACUGAGCUAUUUUUUAGGGAUUGUAGUUACCCGUAAUGCAACCGGUAUGUUUCUCUCGCAGAAAAAGUAUGCGGAAGAAAUUCUUGAAAGAGCGGGGAUGACUAAUUAUAAAACUUGUCCCACACCAGUUGAUACAAAGCCCAAACUUGGUACCUCUAAUGACAUUCCCUAUGAGGAUCCUACUAAGUAUAGACGUCUUACAGGUGCAUUACAAUAUCUUACUCUUACAAGGCCUGACAUCUCUUAUGCGGUGCAACAAGUAUGUCUACAUAUGCAUGAUCCCAAGGAAAAUCACAUGAAUGCUCUCAAGCGUAUUUUACGUUACAUUCAAGGUACUAUUGAUUUUGGCCUGCAUCUGUAUAAAUCCACCAUUGGCAACCUCCUCUCCUACACAGAUGCCGAUUGGGGUGAAUGUCCGGAUACUAGACGAUCUACCUCUGGAUAUUGUAUUUUCUUCGGUGAUAAUUUGAUUUCAUGGUCAUCCAAACGACAACCUACAUUAUCCCGCUCUAGUGCCGAGGCCGAAUACCGAGGAGUUGCUAAUGUUGUUUUUGAAUCUUGUUGGAUUCGAAACCUCCUUCUUGAGCUUCAUUGCCCAAUUCACAAAGCUACAAUGGUGUAUUGUGACAAUAUGAGUGCCAUUUAUCUAUCAGGUAAUCCAAUUCAGCAUCAACGCACAAAACACAUUGAAAUGGACAUUCACUUUGUACGUGAAAAAGUUGCGCGUGGCGAAGUCUGUGUCCUUCAUGUUCCGUCCCGCUAUCAAAUUGCUGAUAUCUUCACCAAAGGCCUUCCGCGCAUACUCUUUGAUGAUUUUCGGGCCAGUCUAAGCGUUUGUAAACCUUCCGCUUCGACUGCGGGGGUGUGUUAGAUAUGAUCUGUUAUAAAAUAAUUUGUUAUUAUUUUGAGUAAAGGUUAGCCUCAAUUAUAGCUGGUCAGUUAUAAUGACAACCUAAAUUAUAGGUUACAAUUUGUAUAUAUUCCUUAUCAAUGAAUAUGCAAAGUACGGAUG